UAAAUAAAAAUAAGAGAGAGAAAGAAAAGCGAACAUGCGGUUGCCUCCUCUUCAAUUCUGACUCACCACUACCACCUUCCUCUUCCAUUCCUCUGCUCAUCAAUCAUUCUACGACGUCGUUUCCCCAUAACUACUGCUCUCAAAUCAAGUCUUCACUUCCGUGACUCCUUCUCUCUCUCUCUUAGUCCACUCCAUGAAUCGGACUUUGAGAGAAUCCACCCGCAACCACCGCCGCGGCCACAGCAUCAAUGGACUCCCCAAUUCCACCGACGACAAUCUAGAUCUCUUCUCCAAAAGCCGCCGCAGCCUCUCCCUUGCCCCCUCCGACGACCCUCACGUCUCGCUCAAACUGGGGAGGCUUUCGCUUGGAUCCGCCAAACCGGGGAGGACUGGGUUGGAUGAUUUGUUGUCAUCCGCUGAUGGAGGCAAGCACGAUUAUGAUUGGCUUCUUACUCCUCCGGGAACUCCGUUGGUCCCUGCUUUUGAUGGAAAAGAAUCACAGGCCGGUCUUAUGGCUCCGAGAAGUGGUCCGUUGGUUCGGUCAGUCUCGACAGCCAAAGCUUCCCGGUUAUCAGUGUCUCAUUCAGAGAGCAAUCAUGUGGCAAAACCAACUCGAAGCAGCUCAGUGACCAGACCUUCUAUUUCUAGUUCACAGUAUAGCACCUAUUCCAAUAAACAAACAUCCAUUCUCAACACAAGUUCUGCUUCCGUUUCAUCUUAUAUCAGACCGUCUACUCCUACCAACCGCUCCUCCUCAAUUACAAGGCCUUCUACUCCUUCGCGUCCAUCAGUGUCGAGAUCUUCUACUCCUUCUAAACCCCGCCCUACACACAGUACCUCUUCGAUUGAUAAACCAAGAGCAACUCAAAAUUCAAGACCAUCUACUCCUACUUCCAGGCCUCAAAUUUCUGCAAACUUGAAUUCUCCCGCUCCUCGAACUACAUCAAGGCCAUCAACGCCUACCCGUCGAAAUUCCGCACCAUCAUAUUCUCAGUCUGGACCAUCAACCCCUGGGGGGCGUAGUCUCACAAAUGGGAAAACUGCAACUCCAGUUUCACGACCAAGCUCCCCUGGACCACGAGUUCGGGCUCCAUCACAACCAAUCGUACUCCAUGAUUUUCCACAUGAUACACCACCUAACCUUAGAACUAGUUUACCAGAUAGACCAAUAUCUGCUGGGAGGUCCAGACCUGGGGUCGCUCUCACUGGAAAAGGGAAUGCAGAGCCUAUCACAAACAAUGCUAGCAUCACUAGGCGACCGUCAUCUCCAGUGGUAAGCAGGGGAAGAGUUGCAGAACCCACUGGAAGAAGCCGAACACUUUCCAAUGGACCAUUGAAUGAUGUUGUUGACUCAAGGAGAGAGUUGUCGUCUCGGAGACCUGCAAAGACAUCAACAGAUAGCACCGGAUUUGGCCGUACAAUCUCAAAAAAAUCUCUUGACAUGGCCAUACGGCAUAUGGACAUACGGAAUGGCAACAAUGGGUUUCGAGGAUCGAAUCUUUUCCCUCAAAGCAUUAGAUCCAGCAACCAAAAAGUACACCCAGGUACAGCAUCCAGCAACGGAAGCCUGUCCAUGGCAGAUAACAGCAGCCGAUUUUCCGAGAGUGGCAGUGAGGAAGACAAGUCUCAGUCUUGUGCAAAAUUGAGCAAUAUUGAUAUUUACGAAAGUUCCCGGUACGACAUGAUUCUUCUAAAAGAAGAUCUGAAGAACACAAAUUGGCUACAUAGUAUUGAUGAUAAGUCUGACCAAGGAUCCAUCUUCGAUAAUGGGUUUGAACUUCUGCCAGAACCAUUUGAUCCUUUAUAGCCUCGUGAUUUUGUGGAUUUUAUUGUUAUUUUUUUCUUCUUUUUUUUCAUGGAAUGUUUGGAUACAAAAGAAUGUGAAUGAGGCGCAUAGCUGCUAAGGCAUUGUUGUACGAGCUAUAUUGUGGUCAUCUCCCCAUUUGAAGGGAUUCAUAA